AUGACUGCUGGUGGUUCAGGUAUUCCUAUGCGAUCAGGUAUACCGAGACCUGGCACCUCAACGUCGGCGGCGUCCAUCUCUGGCAAUGCUGAAUCUGCCAUCCCUCGCCCUUCAUCUCGCAUGUCCGGUGCUGCCUCUAAUCCUCCCCGUCAGGCAUCCGGUCCUAUGGGGGCAUACCGUUCCACCACCACUGCAGGCCGAAGCUCCACCGGUAGCAACUCCGGCGCUCCUCCGCCCUCCUCCGCCGCACCCUCCACCCACACCUACGGCGGUCUAGCUGGUCGAAUCAGCACCCUCCAACCUCGACGUCCACUCGAUCCAAAUCCAUCCAACCACCUCCUCUACUCUAAUUGUGGCGCUGACGACGCUUCCAGCCAAUCUAUCCUCCUCGAUACAUCCCUCGGCAUGGGUCUGGGUCACAAGCGAACCCUCUCAGCCGCCGGCUUCACCGCCGAUGAUAGCAACGUUUCUUUCUCCGCUUCCGCCAUCAAACGUCGCCAUCUGCGCAAACUUUCCAUGGAUGGAAGGUCGCCUCUUCUCCUCCAAGCGGAACUUCACCCCGCCUCAACGCCUCGCCCGGAAUCGCCCGCAUACGAAGUCGCCCUUCUCCGCACCCACUACGACCAACAACUCCUCUCUGAAUCCCUGAAAUACAAGAAGCUAGAAAAAGACUUUGAAUCCAAAUGCAAAGAACUGGAUCGCUUCAACCGCCAACGCAUCGAACUUCUCGACGAAUGGGAUAAACAUCAGCAAUCCACUUGCACCAAAGAAGCAGAGUUCAACACCAAACGUCAACUUCUCGAGGAUCAAGUGGCUCGACUUGGAAGCCUCAAUUCCGAACUCACGCACAAACUUGAUGAAGCGACAUGCAACUCUGCUUUGGAGCUUUCGCAGUUAAGAGAAAAAGUUACAAUCUUGGAAUCCGAUUUGGGCAAGACCAAAGCUGAAGCGCAAUCAGCCGAGGUUAGGGCCAAGGUGUUGGAGGAUGAUUUGGGAGCAAGUAAGGCAGAGUUGGAUGAUUUGAGGCAAGCACUCGAAGAUGAGCAACGAAUGAGGCUAGCAGAGAGAGAUCAAUCCAGAUUUGGAGGAGAAGAGGGGAGCAAGAUUGCAGAGGAGUUGGCGAGGCAAACUUGGCAUCUGCGGAAGCUAGAGGCUGAAAAUGCGCAUUUGGUGGCUGAAAACGGUCGAUUAUGCCACCAGGCAGCCAACGUCGAACUUUUAAAAGAGGAGAAAAGAUCGCUGGAAGCGAAACUGCGGACGCUUGAUUCGCUACGAGACCAACUCGCUGCUGCCGAGUCAAAGAUCGAGGAAUCACGGCAAAGAGAGAAGGAAUGGGAUGCGUUGCUUAGGACUGGUAAAGAGGGGGAUGUCGAGGCAGCUUUUAGUGCUGCUGCUGCUCAUGUCGAUUCUGCUCUUCCCACGAUUUCUCCUCCUGAAGUUGUGGAUCGGAAUACGCUUCCGAACUAUCUCUCCGCAUUACGAGGCACGGUGACGGGGUUGGAAGCUAGGUGUCGAGCGCUCACUACCACCGUCGAGAAACUGCGAAAGCGCAACGGUGAAUUGCAAGAAGAAGCAAAAGACGUCGACAGUCACUCGCGCCAAUCUCAAACGGAACUCAUCUCGCUUCAAACUUUGCUCGCUCGAGCGCAAAAAGCCGAGUCGAGAAUGCAGGAUGAAACGACUCGCCUCAAGACGAUCCUCGCCUCUUAUGAGGAGGAAGAGAAGAAUCAUACCGAUUCCACUUGCUACUCUGCUGCACAUACCCAAAGGAUUGCCUUGCUUGAGGGGGAACUUGAGCAGGUGCGAUCGGAACAUGCAAAGCUGGUGGAGGAAUUCGAGACUGUUAGUAAAGCACUUUGUGAGAAAGAAGGCAACGUUGAUGGUGGUGAGCAUCUCCAGUCGAAAAUGGAUGCAUUGUUGAGCGAGAAAGCAGUGCUAGAAGGCAAAGUGGCUCAGCUGACAGCAGGCACGGCGCAAAUGGCUAAAGAACUCGAAGGGCUGAGUAAGGAGAAUGAGAGCUUAUGGCUCAGAGUUGGUCGAGGAGAAUUCGAUCAACAACGUCAACGCUGUCUCGUCCUCUCUCAGAAUCCAGUGAGUCUCGAUCUGGAUUUGAGGAGAAAGACAUUGGAUGCUCUCAAACUUGAAAACACGGCUCUGCUUGCCCGAGUCUCGCAACUCUCGACGCAACUAGCAACCAACCCUACGACCAAGGCUACUACCACCAACCCUACCACCACCUCAACCAACUGCGAUCAAGCCCUCAUCCCGCAAUCAGUCGUUCACAACCUCCGCUCGGACCUGACAGCACUACAAGUUUCGAUGGCAGCCAAAGAAAAAGCAAUGCUUCGCCUCAAACAAGUCUUCUCGGCGAAAGCAAAGGAAUUCCGGGAAGCAAUCGAAUCUCUAUUCGGCUACAAAGUUAAGUUUUUAGAAAACGGAAAGGUGAAAGUGACCUCUACUUUCAACCGAUCCAAGAAUUCGACUAGUCUCAUCUUUGAAAGCGAAGGAGGAGAUGUGGGCAAGAUGAAAUUGAUGGGGGAGGCGGUCAAGUCACCGGGAUUGGUCAAUUUGAAGGGGUUGAAAGAAUAUUGGUUGCAUCCCAACGGGAUUAGGCAGAGCGUUCCGUGCUUUUUGGCAGCACUCAACUUGGAGCUCUAUGAGGGAUGUACGAUGGCGGUUAGGGGGGUCAAGUUCGACGGCGAGGGGGAGGAGGGGGAGGAGGGGGAGGAGGGGGAGGAGGGGGAGGAGGGGGAGGAGGGGGAGGAGGGGGAGGAGGGGGAGGAGGGGGAGGAGGAGUAA